AUGACCAAUCAGCCGGCACCACCAAUCCCGGCGACAACACCAUCAUCUGCGCCUCUGCUUCCGGCCGCCGCCCUCGCGGCCGCCCCCCUGGCUCCAAAAAUAAAGCAAAACCCCCCAUCAUCAUCACCCGCGAUAGCCCCAACGCUCUCCGCUCCCACGUCCUCGAAAUCGCCUCCGGCGCUGACAUCAUGGAUUCCGUUAACCCCUUCGCUCGCCGCCGUCAGCGAGGCGUCGCUCCGCUCCACCCGGCGCCGUCGUAUCUCUUCACGGCCGCUUCGAGAUCCUCUCACUUUCCGGCGCCUUUCUCCCUGCUCCGUCUCCUCCGGGGGCCACAGGACUCACCGUCUACCUCGCCGGCGGUCAGGCGGUCAGGGCCAGGUUGUGGGGGGCAGCGUUGUGGGUGAGCUCAUCGCCGCCGGUCCAGUCAUGGUGAUCGCCGCCACGUUUUCCAACGCGACUUACGAGCGUCUACCGCUCGAAGAAGAGGAGCAGCAGCCUCCGACCGCAGGACCGCCGGAUGCGACGGCGGGUAUUGGAGAGGGAGGGGAGCAGUUUGGAGGGGAAGGUUCUGCUAUGCCGCUCUAUAAUCUGCCGCCUAAUCUGAUGCCGAACGGACAAAUGCCACACGAUGUGUUCGCCGCCGCUUGGGCUCCGCGGCCGCCGCCAAGUUACUGA